CCAUCCCGAUUGGGGUAGAAAAUAAAAAAAAUCGUUGUUUAUUUUAAAUUCUUUAGUAAAUAUGGACAAAGAAACCGCGGAUUUGCAAGACAAACCUAUUACAAAAAUUGAGGAUAUUAUAGAUAUACAAAAAGCGAACGGUAGCAUAAAUGUGAGACAAGUGGCUUUUCGACUACCUUCUAGAACUGAUAGCUGUGUGUCUGCAAGCUUAGACAUGAGUUGUGAAACUAGGUUAACUAACACAAAAUUAAAACACAAAAAGAAAGCCAAAAAAGUACGUUCCCAUCAUCGGAAAGGUUUACCGCCGGACGUAAUAUCUUGGCCUAGCGAUUCUGAUAUAACAGUACUUAGAAUGAAGUUACAUUCUAGGACGGGUGAUAAGAAGAUGGGGAAUGUUAUACUAGGCGACGGUCCCCACCAACCGGACAGUGCAUCCAUGAUAAACUUAGCUACUCUUAUUUUUAAAUCACAACCGCCUUCCAAGCAAAGUCUUGCGGAGGAGUAUCUAUUGCCGUUAACUUCUUGGGAACAUGGAAUCGUUACAGAAACUAGAAAACCGGAUUUAGUGCAGCCUACGAUUUCGGAUCCAACAGAGGCUACAAGUGACGUAAAAGUUUACCAAGCCCGAUGUAGCCAUAAGGAUGAGCUGUCACUCAGAGAUAGUGAUGUAUGCAACACGAACACGAGAUCGAAAGUAGCUAAAUUUUUGCGACUCUAUUUCUGCCCAUGUUGCACUUGUUUAUACAAAUUGGAGAAAAUGCAAGAGGAACCAUCUGCUUGUUUUACUAAACGCUGUUAAUAAUAACGAAAUCUAGUAUUUA